AGUUCUGCUCUCGGCUCUCAGGCUCCGCUGCCACCCGCGGCCCCAGCUGCGCUGUCUCUGCCCGGAGCCCUGACUGCCUUUUUGCCGGGUCCCCUCGGCCGGAAGCACUCAGGUCGAGGUCCCCUUUGAGCCAAGCUAAGUGCUGACUUCCCCGGAGCCAACAGGGGAGCCAGCCACUAGGAGCCCAGACCGCCUAGCGUCUAUACCCUCUGCUCACGCUGGUCCCCUGGGUACCGGUCCGUCCAGGACCAGUUUGUCAGGUGACUGGGGUCCCAUCGCACGGGGUCCGGGCUCCAAGUAUCGCCGCGACUCCUUCGGGAGCGGAACCCACAGCAGUUGGGCUUUCCCGCCAUGAACCAGAGCCCGGCAUUCGGGACCCGGAGGGGCGGCUCUUCCCAAACCGCUGUCGGAGCCGGCGCAAGGCGCAACGAGAGCCAGGACUACCUGCUCAUGGACUCGGAGCUGGGAGACGACUGCUGCCAGCCCCAGCUGCCUCCCUACGGCUACUUCCCUCAAUACCGAGGCACCGACAACAGACUGGCCCACCGGCGGCAGACAGUUCUCCGUGAGAAGGGGAGAAGGCUAGCUAAUCGAGGGCCAGCAUACAUGUUUAAUGACCGCUCAACAAGCCUGUCUAUUGAGGAGGAACGCUUUUUAGAUGCAGCUGAAUAUGGCAACAUCCCAGUGGUACGGAAGAUGUUGGAAGAAUGCCACUCACUCAACGUUAACUGUGUGGAUUACAUGGGACAGAAUGCCCUGCAGUUGGCAGUGGCCAAUGAGCAUCUGGAAAUUACCGAGCUUCUUCUCAAGAAAGAAAACCUCUCCCGGGUUGGAGAUGCUUUGCUUCUAGCUAUUAGUAAAGGUUAUGUUAGGAUCGUGGAAGCAAUUCUCAGUCAUCCAGCUUUUGCUGAAGGCAAGAGGUUAGCAACCAGCCCCAGCCAGUCUGAACUUCAGCAAGAUGACUUUUACGCCUAUGAUGAAGAUGGGACACGGUUCUCCCAUGAUGUGACUCCAAUCAUCCUGGCUGCCCACUGCCAGGAAUAUGAAAUUGUGCACACCCUCCUGCGGAAGGGCGCUCGGAUUGAGCGGCCUCAUGACUAUUUCUGCAAGUGCAGUGAAUGCAACCAGAAGCAGAAGCACGAUUCCUUUAGCCACUCCAGGUCUAGGAUUAAUGCCUACAAAGGCCUGGCAAGUCCAGCAUACCUAUCAUUGUCUAGUGAAGAUCCAGUCAUGACAGCUUUAGAACUCAGCAAUGAACUGGCAGUGCUGGCUAACAUUGAGAAAGAGUUCAAGAAUGAUUACAAAAAACUGUCAAUGCAGUGCAAAGACUUUGUUGUUGGACUUCUUGAUCUGUGCAGAAAUACUGAAGAAGUUGAGGCCAUUUUGAAUGGGAAUGUCGAAAUGCUCCAUAGUGGUGAUCAUGGUCGUCCAAAUCUCAGCCGCUUAAAACUCGCCAUUAAAUAUGAAGUAAAAAAGUUUGUAGCGCAUCCAAACUGCCAACAGCAGCUCCUCUCCAUAUGGUAUGAAAAUCUUUCCGGUUUACGGCAGCAGACGAUGGUGGUCAAGUUUCUCGUAGUCCUUGCUGUUGCUAUCGGACUCCCCUUCCUGGCUCUCAUUUACUGGUUCGCUCCAUGCAGCAAGAUGGGGAAGAUAAUGCGUGGACCAUUCAUGAAGUUUGUGGCUCAUGCAGCCUCUUUCACCAUUUUUUUGGGACUGCUUGUCAUGAAUGCAGCUGACAGAUUUGAAGGCACCAAACUCCUUCCUAAUGAAACCAGCACAGAUAAUGCAAAACAGCUGUUCAGGAUGAAAACAUCCUGCUUCUCAUGGAUGGAGAUGCUCAUUAUAUCCUGGGUAAUAGGAAUGAUAUGGGCUGAAUGUAAAGAAAUUUGGGCUCAAGGCCCCAAGGAAUACUUGUUUGAGUUGUGGAAUAUGCUUGAUUUUGGUAUGUUAGCAAUUUUUGCAGCAUCGUUCAUUGCAAGAUUCAUGGCAUUUUGGCAUGCUUCCAAAGCUCAGAGCAUCAUUGAUGCAAAUGAUACUUUGAAGGACUUGACCAAAGUUACAUUGGGAGACAAUGUGAAAUACUACAAUUUGGCUAGGAUAAAGUGGGACCCAUCUGAUCCUCAAAUUAUAUCUGAAGGUCUCUAUGCAAUUGCUGUUGUUUUAAGUUUCUCCAGAAUAGCUUAUAUUUUGCCAGCAAAUGAAAGCUUUGGACCUCUGCAGAUAUCACUUGGAAGAACAGUAAAAGACAUCUUCAAAUUCAUGGUCAUAUUCAUCAUGGUGUUUGUGGCCUUUAUGAUUGGAAUGUUCAACCUCUACUCCUACUACAUUGGUGCAAAACAAAAUGAAGCCUUCACAACAGUUGAGGAGAGUUUCAAGACAUUGUUCUGGGCUAUAUUUGGACUUUCUGAAGUAAAAUCUGUGGUCAUCAACUACAAUCACAAAUUCAUUGAAAACAUCGGUUAUGUUCUCUAUGGAGUCUAUAACGUUACAAUGGUCAUUGUCUUGCUAAAUAUGUUAAUUGCAAUGAUCAACAGUUCAUUCCAGGAAAUUGAGGAUGAUGCUGAUGUGGAAUGGAAAUUUGCAAGAGCAAAACUCUGGUUUUCCUACUUUGAGGAGGGAAGAACACUUCCUGUUCCCUUCAACCUGGUGCCAAGUCCAAAGUCCCUGUUUUAUCUCUUACUAAAGUUUAAAAAAUGGAUUUUUGAGUUGUUCCAGGGUCAUAAAAAAGGUUUCCAGGAGGAUGCAGAGAUGAAUAAGAGAAAUGAAGAAAAGAAAUUUGGAAUUUUAGGAAGUCAUGACAACCUUCCAAAACUAUCACUUGACAAAAAACAGCUUGGGCACAAUAAACAAUCAAGUAUACGGAGCUCAGAAGAUUUCCAUUUAAACAGUUUCACAAAUCCUCCAAGACAAUAUCAGAAAAUAAUGAAGAGGCUCAUUAAAAGAUAUGUACUGAAAGCUCAGAUAGAUAAGGAGAGUGACGAAGUAAAUGAAGGGGAGCUGAAGGAAAUUAAGCAGGACAUCUCAAGUCUCCGCUAUGAACUCCUUGAAGAAAAAUCUCACAAUACAGAGGACCUAGCAGAACUUAUUAGAAAACUUGGAGAGAAAUUAUCCAUGGAACCAAAUCAAGAGGAAAGCAAUAGAUAAUACAAAGACUCCCUAGAAUUUCAUAUUUAUUUGUCCACUUGAAGCCAUAUUAUUUCCUGAUUUAUUUUUUGAAGUGCCGAUGUGCCCAUGUAAUGAACAAGAAAAACUUAAAGGAUAACUUGGGUUAUCCUAUCAUUGGGAACCCUAAUGUCUGAAAUUUUUUGGUGAUUAAGAUUUAUUAUUGAUGCUGAAGUUCAUGGAUUAUAAUGAAAAUUAUACCCAGUUGUUUGGUGCUUGUUUUAUAAACUGCUUUCUUGGGUAUAAUUAUUGUGAUGAUGUGAUUGCCAUGUAAUGUCUACCUGGGAUCUGAUCUCAGCUGUUGGGGACCAGACCUUGUUAUUCCUGUGUGGUUUUUCCUCUGAUUUCAGGCACCUUCUUGCCUGCUUGGUAGAUCCCCCUCUGGUGACAUGCAGCUGUGAAAUAUGGAAAAGAAAUCAUCUACGGCUAUUGAAAGAAUGCUCUUUAAUCAUCAUCUACACCUACUUAUCCCCCAAAGAAUGUGAUCAUUAGUGUCUGUGUAAAAUGGGCUUAUGUCUAUGUUAAAUUUGUUGAUUCAUCUCUUUGAAAAUGUUAUACUUAACAAUGAAAAAGUGUUUCCUCCAC